CAUCGCACCAAUUGGCUGGAACGAGCUUCUAUGUUUGGCAAAGAAGCCUCGCUAACCCAAUCGCCGAGGACUUUUGUGCCGCAAGUACGAGAAAGCUGCCCACUCGGCCCCCUGGUCCGCCACGUGUGAGCUCGCCAUCGUUCGUCCAUGAUUCCCCUUUGUGAUGCUUGACCUUCAGACAAGCGAGGUCUCGUGCCACUGCGUCUUCCAGGCCAUGUACACGGCGGGUCUUGGAGUUAGUCCAGGUCAUAGCUCCUCGUCUGGUGCUGGGGCUUGUCUCUGUCCAUUUUCCCUUGCGUGCUUGUGGCUUGCUGGUUCCUGGUGCGGUGCUGUUCUCGGCGCAUCUGAAUUGAAACCUUACCGCCGCAUAGGGAGCAUGUUCGGGUGGUGGCUCCGACAGAACGUGAAAAAUCAUGGCGUGGAGAUUUGCCGGGAAGGAACGGUCGUCUCGUGGUGCGGGACGGCUAGAAAGCUACGAAGCUCUCCCUGAAGUGUCUCUCAGUAUAACUAUUCUUCGACCUCGGAUUCUGGAGAUUCUUUGCGUCUCUCAGACAGCAGACGAGCCCCAAGAUCCUACUUCGUCGUCGACUGAUCCUCCAAGAUGGCCGUCAAAGACGCCAUUGUCACGGUACAAGAUGCCAUCUCCGACUACCAGGACAAGCAGUCAACACAAUAUACCACCCGCAGCAUCGAGAUGGUCCGACAAUCUACAAGUCCCAUCAACAGAGAUCUAUAUCCACCCCAGAGACAGCUCUCUGACAGCGACCCCGACGACGAGGGAUUGACACAACUCGGGUUGAAAUGGCAGCGUAUCAGGAGGAAUGUCCUCCUGCGGUACAUCAUCUACAUUGUCCCCGUCGCCAUCCUUUUGGCCAUCCCCAUCGUUCUCUGCGCCACGGUAUACAAGGACAAGCGGAUCAUGUCCACUUUCAAAACAACGUCCACAACCCCCAUCACCACCUCCAACGUCACCCAGAUCGAUCCCGUAUCGGGCAACAGCUCCACCGAGGUCACCUCGCUUUAUAACACGACCACGGCUACCGUCUAUGAGAUCCACACCACGACAGAUACCCGUGGAAUCCGUCUCUUGGGUCUCUUCAUAUGGAUCGAGGUUGUUUGGGUCUUCCUGUGGAUUGCCAAACUCUUGGCCCAAGCUGUUCCGAUUGUCUUCCAAACAGUGGGCGGAGCGAUUCACACGGGGCUCCGCAAGUACUGGCUCGUCCUCAAGGCAGUGGAAAUCCCGCUGUCGCUCUUCUUCUGGGCCAUUCUUUCGAUUUGUUCCUACUCGCUCAUCUACGUGUUUGACCAGGGCUUCCACAAGGACCACGCCGGGAGCAUCGAAUGGCUCAGCACGCUGCACAAAGUCCUCAAGGCCACCAUUGGCGUGUCGGCACUCUAUCUAGUGGAGAAGAUGCUGAUCCAGAUGGUUAGCGUCAACUACCACGGCAAGCAGUUCUACGACAACAUCAAGGAGCUGAAGACCCUUAGCCGGGCAAUCGAAACCAUGUACGACGUCUCGCGUCAACGAUUCCACGACAAUCAUCCGUCGUUCGUGGAGGAAGACCUCGACAUCCACGACACCAAGGGAUACCGCAAGGACCGGCUCGGUCGUUUGAAGAGCAAGGACCAGUCCACGGCCAUUUUCAUGACCAAUCUCGGGAAUGCAGCAGCCAGUGCCACCUCCGUUCUGGGGUACCUGGUCAGCGACAUUGCCGGCCGACAAGUCCUCAUGCCGACUGCAUCUGGCCCCGUCGUCGAGGCGGCGCUCGAACGGCCCGUCAGCUCCGAAGCCCUUGCCCGCCGCAUCUGGAACUCGUUUACCAACUUUGGAGAGAUCAAGUUGGAUCAAGCCGCCAUCACCACAAUGCUCGGACCUGGCCGCGAGGCUCAAGCAGCGUACAUCCACUCCAAAGUCGAUGCCGACGAGAACGGUGACCUCACCAUGGAAGAGAUGGUCGAUCUGGUGAAGAAGGUCGCCUACGACCGAAAGACCAUCUGGGAAGGUGCCAACGACGUCAAGGACGCCAUCAAAGUGCUUGACCGCGUCCUUGCUGUCAUCGUCCUGAUCUUUGUCUUCCUCAUCUACGCCGCCUUCUUCUCCAACUAUCUCGCCAACCACUACACCCAAAUCUGGACGACCUUUACUGGUUGUUCCUUCCUGUUCUCGAGUACGGCAGGUGAGCUGUUCGCCGCUUGCAUUACCGUUUUCAUCAAACACCCUUACGAUGUGGGCGACCGCAUCAACGUCAACGACGUCGAAAUGGACGUCGUCAAGAUCUCUCUGCUGUAUUCCGUCUUCCGGGAGGUGCAGUCGAAGCAACAGAUCCAAAUCCCCAACAGCGUCAUCAACGGCGUUUGGAUCAAGAACCUCACGCGGUCCAAGGAGCUCCGAGAGCAAAUCACGCUCAACGUCUCGGUGGGCACGUCGUUCGAGGACAUUGAGACCCUUCGCGGCGAGAUGCUCAACUAUGUCGCCGAGCACAAGCGGGAUUUCAUGCCUGCGGUCGACAUCCAACUGAUGUCGAUUGCGGACCUGUCGAAGCUGGAGCUGCGCGUCGAGUUCCAGCACAAGGGCAACUACGCCUCCGAGUUUGUGCGAGCGCAGCACCGCAGCAAGUUCGUGUGUGCGCUGCUGUCGGCGGUGCGAAAGGUGCCGAUCGACGGGCCCGGAGGCGGUGGUCCGUCCGCCGGAUCGAUGGAGUCGCCCAACUACACGGUCGCCAUCACGGACGACGUGGCCAAGGCGGCCAAGGCCAAGUUCGAUGACAACAAGGACAAAAAGCGGAUGAUCCCCAAGAACGGCCCCGGUGCCAGUGAGAUCGGGGUGGCGGUUGGGGGACCCGUGGGCAGCACAGGGCUUCAGGUCCAGCCUAGCCUGGCGCGGAGCAGGACGGGCGGUGGCCCUCGAGGGUCGGACGACUUUACCAACGUUUCUUUGCAUCUAUGAUCGGCCCAAAUGAAUUGGUCUUGAGGUCUUGAUCUGAUUCAUGAGGGAUUCUGGGACGCCAUUUUACGUAUUUGUAACUAAGACUCUGGGUUAGAAUUUUGUGUUGGUUUAGAUCUUAUUGGCAAGCGCAGGUGUACUUUUAGCACGGGUUUAUACACCAUUUGUUUUGAUAUAAUGAAAUGAUCUUUGAGUGCCGG